UGGUCUUGCUCUAGACCCUUGUGGAUGAUCUGGGCGUGGAUUUGUUCAAGACGGAACUGGGUUUUGCAGGCUUUGAGUAAUGUGGCGAUUGAGGCUGAAGCUACGCGCACACUAGGCAUAUAGGACCCUUUGCAUUUUCGUUUCCCCCUCCUUGUUCUUGUUUCAAUCUGAUACCAGCCAAGAAAACGACGUGUCGUAAUUGUACUGCUGGUUAGACGACGGGUCGGCUUGAGUGGUAGAGAUCGACAUGUCGUAGAUUGUGGGCUUUGUUAAACGACGAGUCGGAUUGAGUGGUAUAAGUUUGAGAAACGCUGCAGAACAACGAAAAAGAGAGGAGGGGUAUGGUGGUGUGGUCGUAUCCGCCGACGCGGAAGCAGCUUGUUGUGACGGCGUGCUGUUUCGUCGCCGGGACGGGACUGUUCGGCGUCGGAGCUCACCUGUCGCUGGCCAACGUGGGGCCACAGCAAGAACGGGUCAAGGCGAGCAGGGAGUUUGUCAAGGACCGCCUGAGAAAGCUUCUGGAUGAUGAUUGAACCCACUGGCUUGUUUCAAAUUUGGUAAAGCUUGUUAGGUUUUAAUGCCGCAUUUCUCAACUAUAGUAUAAGCAUAGAAGUGCUUUGAAAAAUUUGUUUCUGUAAAUGAAAUAUUGAUUUGCUUCGUUUCUGUUUAGUAAUAACGUGACCAUGGUUCGUUGAUAUAGUA